GCGGAUUUGUUGAUACCGCACGCAGAGCGCACUGCUGUGCUCACAGAGCGGUGCAGGAAUGAUGCUGUAAGGGAUUAAAUAUCUUUAAAACAGGACAUCUGGAAACAGUCACAGAGUAAGAAGGAAUUUCGGUUGCAGACUGCUUCAGAUGCAUUUUUCUUGGGGACGCGGCACUUGGUGAUACUUAUCGAUUUGACCAUACUUUGCAUUUUAUCGAUGGAUUUUAACGAUUCAAAUUUUUCCCUUGGGGAGACUAAUUUAACAACAGCUGUAGACGGGGCCCUUCAUUGCAGUGCCAUCCUUCCUGUCAUCUUUGGCAUCAUCUGCUUUCUGGGGAUCAUGGGGAACUUUAUUGUCAUCUACACCAUCAUGAAGAAGACCAAGUGUCGUGCUAAACAAACUGUUCCAGACAUCUUUAUUUUAAAUCUGUCAGUUGUUGACCUCCUGUUUCUUCUUGGGAUGCCAUUCCUCAUCCACCAGUUGCUAGGCAAUGGCACCUGGCACUUUGGCGCUACAAUGUGCACUGUUAUCACUGCACUUGACUCCAAUAGCCAGAUUGUCAGUACUUACAUCCUCACUGCGAUGACCCUCGAUCGUUACUUGGCUACAGUCCAUCCCAUCCGCUUCAACUAUGUCCGCACACCCUGUGUAGCUACGCUGGUCAUUGGCCUGGUGUGGGCUCUGUCCUUACUCACCAUCCUCCCCGUGUGGUUGUACGCAGGCCUGAUGCUACUCCCAGAUGGUCUGGUGGCCUGUGCUCUCCUCCUGCCCGACCCAGUCACUGACACGUACUGGUUUACACUUUACCAGUUCUUCUUGGCCUUUGCGAUACCAUUAGUUAUCAUCUGCCUGGUGUUCUUCAAGAUCCUCCAACACAUGUCCACCAGCGUGGCACCACUGCCUCCACGGAGUUUGAGAGUUCGUACCAGGAAGGUGACAAGGAUGGCAGUGGCCAUCUGCCUGGCUUUCUUCAUCUGCUGGGCUCCUUACUACAUCCUCCAGUUGGUCCACCUAGGGGUACAGAAGCCAAGCGUUGCUUUCUCCUAUGCCUACAACAUAGCCAUUAGUAUGGGCUACGCUAACAGCUGCAUCAACCCAUUUCUCUACAUCAUCCUCAGUGAAACCUUUAAGAGGCAGUUUCUCAGGGCUGUAUGCCCAGUUAAUGGAAAGUUCCGUGUGAAUCCGAGCACCACCGAGGGUUUGAGAAUUGAACCUGAAGGGACUCAGAAGGAACCAGCCUUAGGAGAGGGGAUGCCACCUAACAUAGCCUCACAGUGAUUAGGAAUUAGUGGAUAAGAAUCAUUACCAUGUAUCUGUGAAACUGAAAAGCUCUAGGAAUGAGACAUUAGCACAAGAAUACACCUACAUACUGUUUGGGAACACCAUGUCUGCACAUCAACUGAACCAACCAUUUUAUUUAAAGAAGAGAAAAAUUGUUCUGCCAGUACCUGGGAAAAAAUACUAUUUCCAAUCAUAUAUAUCAUGCAGUCAGCACAAUAUCACUGAUUUACACAGCUUCAUGUUUUUUUCCACAACCUGCUGCACAGUUCAGUUCAGUCAUCUCCACCUGCAGAAAACACACAUUUUCAAAAAUAGGCAGCUCAUAAACAUCUGUUGUAUCAGCUCAAAUAAAGAUAAAAUAUCUUUUUUAAACGAUUAUUUUUGUGUAUGUAGCGUAUGUAGCCAUGGCUGAUAAAACCUUAUGGUUUUAAAAAGAUAUUUAAGGAUGACACUGGCAGAUGGUCUGCGAUAAUACAUUAUCGUUAUUGUUAGUAAUAAAUAGGCCCUGCCAGAGGAUCUCAAGCAGCAGUCAGGCUCAUAUGGAGUUAAUGGAUAGACUGCAGGAAUAAAAAGGAGCCUUACCAUUCAAGGUGUUAAAAAUAAAUAGUAAAAUCUUAAAAUUUGUUCCAAUAAGGGGCAGCAAGUAACAAUGGGAUGUAAUUGCUUCAUCUGGUAGCAGCAUUUUGCGUCAGUUAUAAUUUUUGGACAUUCUGCCUGCUGAUAGCAGAAUAAAGAUGACUGCUGUAGCCCAAUGAGGAGAAGAUGCAAGCAUGGAUGAUCUUUUCUAGAACUACAAAUGAACAGAUUGACCCGAUUUUGGAUUUAAGAAAAUGUAAGUUGGACAAUGUAGGAUUGUGCAACUUUUGUCACCUAGGUAAUGGGAUUUUUGAUGACAUGAAGAGAUAAAGACACAAGAGAGAUUCACGCUCUUACUGUACAAGUUGUCAUUAAAUUUUUAUUUUGGAGUUAUUCAACUGCAAGUCAACUUUUAGCACAUUCAGGCAUACAUUUCUGUUAAAAGGAAGAACGUUUCACCAUGCACUGCCAUGUCUUCACAUCAGUUCUUAGCAACUAGAGUGAAUCUACUUCCAUUUGCAUCCACUUAUGUCUUUCCAUUGAUUUUGUUCAGUCUGUUUAAGUGAAUGUCAUUAAUUAAUUGCUGCUCCAAGUGCUAAUGUUCACUCAUACUAAAUAAUACAUUAUAAAUACACACACCAACACACACAUUCAGUUCAGUUCAAUUCAUCUAUUUAUCCCCUGGGGACAAUUAAAAAGAGCACAAAAGUAGUUCAACAAGGUCAUUAAUUUAAGAUAAUCCAUUUAACAGCACAGCUAUAGUAAUCAUAACACAAUAGUGCAAUUUAACUACCACAGCAACAAAUUAGCAAUAUACAGUAUUUUAAAAAAUUAAAAGACAACACAAAUAAUAAAUACAUUGUCUGAACAAAGAAAUAAAUAAAAUAAAAUCACUUUUACUUUGAAGGACACUGUGCAGGAUAUAAAUACAAUACACAAGAUGAUAUACAUGACUACACACAUUCACUAUAGUAUCACUCUGUGCAUCCAGAAUACCAAGCAGUUGCUGCUAUAACUGAAAUUUCAGCUGUGCAAUGGAUGAACACACAGCCGACAGAACUGUACAAGACUGUAGUCAAAAUGGAGAGAGAUGUCUGAACUGAGCAUUAAAAGUUUCUGUAUAAAAAUAGACACUGAACAUGCAGUACUGAGGCUGUGAUUUUAUAUUCUUGGUUGUUCUUGUGUUAUCUGAAUUUCUAAUGCCAUAUCUAAGUGAAGAUCUUAAGAAUGGAAAGUGAGACUGGAGAUCAUGUCUUGGAUAACAAACAUGCAUCAGGUAGUCCCUGCUGACAAGAUUGAAAUGGAGUCUGGUAAGGCCAUCUCACUGGCAGUACAGUUUUGAGGAACUGUGUUACAGUAUUCCACAGACCUCGCUUUAUUUGGAAAAAAAAAAGACACUGACUGUAUGACACCUCACAGAAGCUGGAGAAGAAUGUUUAGCCCUGCUGGUAAGUAAGAGUGCUUUAACAUGGAGGAGCUAUCAUGAAAUCAGGUACGAUUAAGUUAGCCAUGAACUAAGUUCAUGUUAGUUUUCUGUUCUUUUAAGUAUAAAAAAGAGACAGAAGGAGAAGAUUGAGUUAAGAUCCAACUGCAUUCACCUGACAAAGUAAAAAGUAGAAGAUGUCUAUCUGCAAAAAAAGUGGUGUUUGUUACAGUGUAUGUGUUUCAGCAGUGCUUUUAAUAGCUUUUGGAUAUUUAUAUAAUUUUGUUCCGCUGGUUUGGUUGCUAUGAUUGCCUCUUAUCAGGAUAUCUCAAAAUGUUGUAGACAGAAGAAGUGAAAUUUCAAGCUGAGCUAGGUGAUGGGAGACGAGACAAGUGGGAUGUGUGUGUCUCGUAGCAUCAAUUGGCAAAUUAUAAAGUAGUCAUUCUAGGAUCACAAAACCCCAACCAUGGGAAUUGUGAAAGCUUAAUAUUUUGUCCAUAUUGGAAUGAUGCUUACAAAUUUGACACACUUAAUCUGUGUAAAAUAAUGCAGUAGAGAGCCAAGAGGAAAAAUGGAACAUUUUUCAUCUGUAUUUUAAGUCCCUAAAAGUUGCAGUGUUGAACCUCUUGAAUAAGUAAAAUGUCUACUCGUCAACCAAUGAAAGUUAUAGCAUUUUCGGUGUUGAUCAGUGUAAAAAUCAAAGCCAUGAACAGAAAUAAAGGGUUGUGUUCUGGAUGAGUCAAGGUCAUGUUUAUAAGAGAACCAUUUUACUGACUAAUUGUUGUUAAUGUUAUUGUAUUGAUGUCAAGUUAUUAUAUAUUGGUAUGUAAAAUUAUGAUGGUGAAAUUAUAUGUUGGGAAGAUUUAUUCAUGUACACAUAUGAUAUUCUAAUGAUAGAACGUGAACGUCAGGGUUUCUCAACCUUUCCUGGUCUGUGGCUGAAUUUUUUGUGUCUCAAAAUUGUCUUGAUGCCAGCAUCAAGAGUUGUCAAGCUGUCUUCAGUUUUGUAUCAUAUUUUUAAGAGGGCAGAUCUGGCUCUUAAUUGACUUACACAGGGAUGAUGGCAUACUCUGACAUUUUAAAAUUUAAUUUAAAUAAUCGAACACACUAUUACUGUAGGAAUCCCUCAUGACCAGGGAUGUAACAAUAUUUGUAACUUCAUGCUAUUGCUAUGGAAAAAUAUCUUGUUAAUGUCGUGGGGUUAUGACUGUAUCUACAUAUGGUUAUUUAGUUAGUAUAAUUGCGUUAAGGUCACAGAAUUUAAAACUGACAUAGCAGAUGCUCCAUUGUUUGUUAUGUGCCGUUCGCACCUGCAGUGAGCGAACGAGAAAGAGGCGGACCCAGGUAGCCGAC